AUUAUAUAUAGUAUACAGGGUGUUUCAGUCAUCCCGUCAUCGCAAAAACUGUGGUCAAAUAUGAUUUUUAGUAUAUGCGUUAUAAAUGGAAAAAACUUGAUAGAACUUGUACAUUAACAUGAAUAACUAACUUUUGUAAUUCCUUUGGAAACAAGUAAAAGUAUGUACCAAAGUAUUUCCCCCUUAAAUACUUAAACUUGAUCAAGGGAGAUGAAACAUCCUGUAUGAGAUUGUACGAUUAGAACGUUAAGAAUGGUAUGUAAGGGUUGUAAACGGUAAAUAGGCAAUGAGAUUAAUGACAAAAGAAUACCAUAGGAUCAGUAAUGUUAACAAGAAUAUAUUUAGCAAAAUAUAAUAAAAAAACGGAAAAGUUAACCUAUGUUCGCUCCUGGGAGCGGCCAUAUUCUACCAAAAUAGAUAAGUCGAUUACGCAGGGAACUCGAAAUUAUCUCGAAACCUGUAUGCUAUUGUCAGUGGUGGAAUAAGUUGUACAAUCGUGCGCGUCUGACUUUUUGUUUUUUCAAAUUUUUCGGUUAGGCCAAAUUCAUUAGCAAAUCUAUUAGCCAGGCACUGCCAAUGAGUAUCGUACCAGCAGAUUUAGCCGUUUUUAUUUCUGAGAAUGGACUCCCAAUAAAGCCGAUGGCUGAGAGGUGAGCGAGUUUCGGCUUCUUUCGCAUCGCACGCUGUCGAUUGGACGGUGCAUUGGUACAGUGCGAGGAAGAUAUUGUUUUCCUUGGCCAACAAUUGAACAAAGUAUUCGAAGAGUGGUUCAAAUAAUUCGCUAAUAGAACGCGUGCGUGCAACGUAUUAUACAGGUUGCAAAACCAGAGUUUUUACAAUGUUUUGCAUACAGUCCGUUAAUCUGUUUCAAUCUUUUUUUAACUUAAGAACAAUCGUAUGGGCACAGGAACAAAGAUUCCAAUAUAGCUUCUGGAUGUAUAAAUAUGCCAGGCUGUGCAGCAGUUGGCUGCAAUAAUCGUAGUGAAAAGGGAUAUAUUAUGAAAUGUUUUCCACGUGAUCCUAAACUCAGGAAAAUUUGGCAAGAACGCGUGGCUAGAGCUGAUUGGGAACCAUCAAAUAAUUCUUUCCUUUGUCACGUACAUUUUGAACCACAGGAAUGGUCUAUUACCCAAACUGGAAGAAUUAGAUUAAGGAAGAACGCUGUACCAUCUAUAUUUACUGUAACAUCCACCAGGAAAUCACCUAAAAAAAAGACAAAGAUAAUCAAUAUUAAAGAAGAAAAUUUUUCACAAAGUGAAUACAGUGCAGAAUACAUGGAGAUUGACACUGAACAUUCGUCCACUGGACACUUGGAAGAGAAGGACUCUGAUUCCCAAGAUGUUUGUGAAUCAUCUACACAGUCCAAUGAAAAUAUAUUGAAAGAUGCUUCCAAGCCCAUAGAAGAAACUAAAGAGAAAGAAGAAAGUAUUAAUUCUGAAGUUAAUAAUAAAAGUGCAAUCAUGAUUGCUGAAGAUAAUCUGACAGACAUUAGCGAUGCUGUAAAGCAAAAUAGUCCUAAAGCAAAAGUAAACGAUGAUAAUCUAGAAUCUCCAUUACCAAGUACCAUUGUGAAGAAGGAGGUGAAAUUAGAAGUUAUGGAUCACAACACAUUUGAGGAUAGUUAUGAUGAAAUUGAAGAGAAGUUGAAACAAAUAUGUGAUGGUGGUUCUACUGAAGAUGAAAAUUAUAAGAACAAGCAGAAAAAUAAGAGUCAGAAAGAAGAAGAAAAUACAGAAAUAAUAGAUAUAAACUGUGACCGUAACAACGAUGAACAUAAGGUUGCCGUACCUGUUAAUGGAAGUCAUAAUAUUCAACCAAAAAGUGAAGUUGCACAUACCACUGCAGAGAAAGAAGAAAAUGUCGAAAUAAUCUUUGGCAUUGAAAGUGGAGAUGAAAAAGUGUCUGGAUCUCAAAUGACAUCAAAAGUAAAUAAAUUAAACGAUAAUUCUUUAGAAUAUAAUGAAGCAAUUACUAUUAAGGAUGAGAAAAAAGUGUUCAAUGAGGAUAUAGAGGAAAAUUUUACUAAGGAUGAAGUACAUGUUAUACCAAAUAUAAGAGCUGCCAUGAAACGCAAGAGAAGAACUAGAGAAGAGAUCAUGAAGUCAAUAAAAAAAUCAAUUAGGAGUACAUCUGAUGCAGACAUUAAUACUUCUAGCAAUAGUGAAUUAUCAGACAUAGAAAUGAAAAAUGAAUCAUCAGUGUUCUCACAAGCAAUUAAGAAUAUCGAUAAAACAAAUGAUACAGAGAUUGAAACAGCUAAAUUUGUUAUAAAAGUAACUGGUGAUCCUGAUGAUGUAAGUGAAAUUAUUGAAGAAUUAUCAUCUAGUACAUUAGAAGCCCAAAAAUUCAAUACUCUUUAUAAAAAUGAAGGAAAUAGUUCAUUUGUUACAUCUGUUAUAACGGUGUUAUCACCUAAAAAUCCUACAGAAAUAGCAUAUAGUAACCUUAGUAGUCCAGUAACAAAGGAUGACUAUAUAGCUGUGAGCAGAAAUGAGGCAGCUGUAGAUCAUCCUCCAUGUGAUGGACCUGAAUUUGUAAGUUUAGAUUUAGCAAAUAGUUCUAAAAAGAGUCAUCCCGGUUCUGAAGAGGAGAAUAAAAGUCAAAUGCAAACUAAGUGUACAGUACAGAGUCCUACAACCAACACUGAAGCUUCUUCUCAAGUGAAGAAUGAUAAAUGUUGUACAUCUCCUAACUGUGAUGAUCUAUUAGACAGAAUACAAAUUCAAGAAGAUGUAAUCGGAAAAUUGAUCGAUCAACUGAUCAUCUAUAAAGAAAUAGAGAACAGUAUGAGGAAUAAAAAUGUUGGUCAAGACAUUCAGGCUAAGGAACAUGAAACAACUCCCAGGAUUCUUACAAGGUCGAGCAAUACACAGUCUCCAGCACUCACUAAAAAAGUGUUGGAAUCCAAACAGAGACUGAUAGAAGAUUUAUCUAAUAGAGUAAAUUACUUCGAAGAAAUGAAUAAAAAACUGAUGAAGACUGUAACAUUGGAGUCACAACAGAAGAGAAAACUCGAGGGACAAAUCAGGCAGAAAGACAAUAGGAUCAAGGAACUUAAUUGGAAACUAGAGAAGGCUUCCAAAUAUCUUGAAAGAGCAGAGAAAAACACAAACACGUAUAGAAGAAAAAUGUUAAACAUGCAGACUAUUAUGAGAAGAAGAAAACUGUUGGAUGAAAAAAUGACAAAGUUCAAUGAAAUGUUAAUUGAUAGUUCUAGACAGGAAUUUUCGGAAAAGGCUUUAACCAUGGCAGCAGAUAUUAGAAAAACUUGUGGAAGAAUUGGCUAUGAUAAAUUACUUUCUUAUGGCUUUCCUUUACCGCCGUUACCGGCUUUGAGAAAGGGAGUUCUUAAUGAAGAUGUAACAGAUCAAACUAAGAGUGAUGUAGAGAAAUCAACGAACUCUGGUUCAAAGUUGAACAUUAAAGCAGAGAAUGCACAGAAUAUAAGUGACGAGUGUGAAGCAGAUGGGAAGGAUGCACAAGUUCCUGACUCAACUGCUAAAACAGGUGAAUUGGAUGGGGCAGAGACUGUAACAGGAACUGUACAAGAUAUUUUCGAAGAAAAUAAUGAUGGUGAUGACUUUAGUACAAAUGAAUUAAGAGAACAUUUUAUUCUGCAGUUGAAUGCAGUUAUGUAGCCAUGGUACUAUAGCUUAAGAAUAGCUGUCUUUUUUACCAUUUUAGAAUUGAAAAACGUAAUAGUAAAAUCAUGAAUAUUUAGAUAGGUUUUCUUCUGUCAUUGUAUAAUAUCCAUUAUGCACCUAAUUAUAUUUAUUGUACAAUAUCAAUUGUACAAUAACGAUUGUACAAUAUCAAUUAUAUUUAUUGUACAAUACCAUUUCAUGCUGUCGCUGAUAAUGUAAAUAUAUGUAUAAACAUUAUAUGUGUAAUAUAAAAUAUUACUUCACUGCUAAAUUACGAUAUUGAAUCAUUGUGCAUAAAUGCUUCGGUGCAUUUUACGAACAACAAUCGAUUAUUUCAUUAAACAUGUUUGCUACAAAUUUAUCUAAAC